GUGAAAUCAUCAUCAAUUCAGCGAAUCUGAAGUUGUAAAGUUAAAUUAAAUUUGAAAUUUUGCAAUUGGGAACUUAGAGCCCUAAAUCCCUUUCUUAAAAAAAAACCCUAAAUCCUUUCACUUUGUUCAAUUCUUCUUCAAUAUGAGCAUGACCCAAUUUGCUAUGGUUGAGGAGUUGGCUUUUCUUGUGAAGGACAAUCUUCCUUGCAAGCAUCUCGUUCUUACAAUGGAAGAACUCUUGGUUAACUUUCUUGAGGCCGAGGACACAAGUUCAGAUGGGAUCUUGGAAUUGGAGCCAAUGAACUCUUACAACCGUCUUCUCUUACAUCGCCUUGCAGAGAUAUUUGGGUUUGCUCAUGAAUCUGUUGGUGAAGGAGAAGAUCGCCAUUUGAUUCUGGAGAGAUGUCCAGAUACAUCUAUACCUCCAAUCCUUGUCAGUGAUAUCCUAGGGACGUAUGAUGAACCUCAAUCUUUGUUUGCAUCACACCAAAUAUUAAGGAGAAAAGAAGCCUCUCCAGUUUCACAGACAAAUACAACAUCCAUUCAACAGACACUGGAGGAAAGAAAAGCUGCUUAUUUGCUUGCUCGUGAGCGGAUUUUUUCUAUGAAUUUGGAAGAUGCAAAAGAGCCUAAUGAACAAAAACCACGAAGCGUGCCUGUGGUAGCCCGCCGAAUGAUUGCGCAUGCACUAGGUCAAAGAAUCAACACAAAAAAUCCGAAUGAGUUGGUUAAUGAUGGUACGAAUAAUAGAGGGUUCUUAGAUGAAUUAAAUGCUCAAGAUAAGAAUAGUGAAAAAUCUGAUCUGGCAAAAGAUUUUGAAGAGUCUCUAUCCCUAAGAAAGAACUCAAACAGCAGAACAAGAAACACUGGUAGUUCUAAUGCGGCCCCACUGAAUAAAAGGAAUGAUCAAACACCAGUGGACAAAGGUUCGCCACCAUUGUCUCAAGAUGGAAAACAAGGGCAAAGUGUGAGCAAAGAGUGCAUGAGAAAGGAGCACUUGGGAGCUGCGAAGAGAAUGUUUGCUCAUGCUUUGGGAGUACACUCGGUGAAGGAUGGUUCUGUUCCUAGAAGUAGAAAUGGAGAAAAUACUAAGAAUUAAAACAAAAGGUUGAAGAUCUUUAAAGCAAAAUGGUAAUCUAUUGCUCUCAAUGGACCUUGGUAGGUGCUUCCCGGGUUUCAAUCACAAUCAAGGAGAUGAGUAAUGAACAUGCUUUUACUCAAAAUUGUGAUACAUUGAUUUGAGAAGAUUCAUGCAAAUUCCUUAGUUCUUCCCUGGUUGUACUGGAGUAACUUAACAAGCAGUUGAGUAUCGUGAAAAUGAACAAUCUCGAGUCAUGUUUGACCUGUUUGGCGUUUGAAUGAAGUCGAGGGAACAAGUUGUGUUUUGAUAUAAGACAUGCAGUACCAGUUACCUUCUCUGUUUUUAUUCUUAAUUAUUGGUGGGGAUCGAACUUGGUACCCCCAAAGUUUACGAACACUCGCACACCUUGUGUCUUGUGUACCAACCAUUCGGGCAGUGGUUGCUGUAUCAGUUAUUUAGUGUGUUUAUUUUAUUCUGUGAAUAAAUAUUGGAUUUCAUUACGAGAAAGGGAGGAAGAAAGUACACGACUUCCCUAUCCCAUCAAGGGCUGUGUUAUGUAUAUAUACAUAUAAGUUUGUUCCUAAUUUUUUCUGCAUGUUUCCUUUUA